CCCCCUUUCCCCACAGGCUGCUCACUUAAAUUUUGGUAAUUGGUACUCGAAAAGAACAUUUUGAAAUGGCAAGCGUGUCCGGCUCGUCGAGAGGUCGGCGGUCGGCGGCGUCCGUCCCCCGGGCCGGCGGCGGCGCCUCCCUCCACCCCGCCGGAGGACGAGGCUCCCUCCACCCCGCCGGGGGACGAGGCUCCCUCCACCCCGCCGGGGGACGAGGGUCUCUCCACCCGGCCGGGGAGCGCGCCCUCUCCGCCAAACUGCGCCAGUCGGACGCCAGGUGGCGCGCCAGCAUACAGGCGUGCUACACGCUGCUGCGGCCGGUGCUGCAGUCGCGCCAGCCGAGCCUGACGCGCUGGUCCAAGCCGCUCACCCUGGAGGCCACCCGGCAGCACGUGCUGGAGCUGGAGCGGGCGCUUGGCAUGCUGCUCGACAUGAAAAACAACGUGAUCCAGUCGCUGUUUGACGGCAUGCCUCCACCGCCGCGGCUCACCGUGCAGCAGUACAAGACGCUGUUCCGCGGCCUGUACCCGCUGGACGCGCCUGUCGCGGAGGUGUACGGCCGGGCCGUCUGCGGCUGCGCGCGCCCGCCGGCCGCCGACGGCAGCCCGGACUCGCCCCAGACGACGACGGCCGGCGGCACACCCACGGAGGCCCAGCUAGCGGAGCUGGCCAGCCUGCUGCACGACGCCUACGACGCCACCGACAGCCCGGCGACCGCGGCGGCGCCGGGCGCAGCGGCCGAGUCGACGACGUCCGAACCGCUGCAGGAGGCCGACAUGGCGGCGGCCGCUCCGCUGCAGGAGGCCGAGUCGACGGCCGCACCGCCGCAGGAGGCGGCUACUUCUGCCGCGGCGCCGUCCGGGCCCGGCGGGGACUCUGGGCCCAGCGGGGACUCUGGGCCCGGGCCCGAUAUGCCGAUACUGGUCGGAGUGGAGGAUGGCGGAAACAAAGGGCCCACGGCAGGAGGAGACUCGGAGACAGCAGGAGACUCGGAGACGGCCGGAGGAGACUCGGAGACGGCCGGAGGAGACUCCGGCGCCGGGACGUCCGCCGGGGACGCCGCGUCCCUUCCGGACGUCGAAGAGAACCUCAGUCUGGAGCUGCCCAGUCUGGAGCUGUCGAGCGGAUGGGUGGACUGCGCUACUGCGUCGGAGUCGCGACCGUCCGCCUGGCAGGAGCUGGAGCGGGCCGCCCUCUCCCUGUCGGCGCCGGCCGAGCUGGACCAGUUCACCAGGAUUCAGAGAUCCUGCUGGGACCUGGACAGCAGCGUGACCUCCGACCCGGCGCCGCCCGAGUCGCACCUCUCUCCCUUCUCACCGGAGAUGGCUCUACCCGCCUUCUGCAGCACCCCCGACGAAGCUGACGUCGCCGCCGACGGAGCCGGGGCCACCCCGCCGCCCGGCGCCGGCACCGCCAAGAGAGCCGGCAGCUCGGCGGCCGCGGCCGGCCGGCGCGCCGCCGACCGGUGCCGCCGCGCGCUGGCCCUGGGCGGUCACUGAGCGGCAGCGCCGGGCGGUCACUGAACACCCUCCCGGCGCUGGGCGGCCACUGAGUGCCCUCCUGGCGAGCUGAGCCUUGGCCACUGAGUGCCGUCCGGCCUCCUACCGCCGCUCAGCGCUAGCUGCCGCCACCUUCGAGACAGUGACGCCACAGCUCAGCAAGCUGUGCUCAGGAAGUUUCUCAGGAUAGAAACUUGUCGGCGUGAAGCCGAUCACUUUAGUCGUGAUUCGGAUCAACCGAUGACAGUUCGAAGACACGGGCUUUCAAGAUUUGAUAAGCAGACUUUAGCUCCUCUUAUGCUUCGGCAAUAAGCGUGCGAGAUGUGAUUUUGGACUUGACAGUAUUUUACUUGUGUCAUAUAUUCGGCCUUGUCAUAUAUUUGUCGCUAUCAUUUCAUCGACAUGUUCUUACAGAUAAGUAAAAGGCUCCUAAUUUUAGCACAUACCUUGUUCAAAAUGUUUCAUUUGUGUGUCACGGCUACCAGUGAGCUGCUCAUCGUCAUGCAUUAUUGCUCGUUUUUAACCGUGAGUGCUUGACACCCCAUUUCUUACCCGCCUCUCACAUUAUCACCAUAAGCAUGAUCAUUGAAUUAUCUUUUCAGUCUCCAUUAACCAAUACACCCAUCCGCACAGCUGC